AUAAGUCUAUUCAUCGGAUGGUUCUGUGCGUCGGUUGCGGUCAUCAGUGAACUGGACGUCGGUUUAGACCAACGACUGUCAGUUCCGGACGAUUCCUAUGUAUUGCCAUAUUUUAACGCUCAGAUGAAUUCCCUGAGAGUGGGAGCGCCGGUAUAUUUCGUGGUUAAGGGUCCAUACGAUUACGCAAAGAAAUACUAUCUCAUGUGCGGUGGUGUCGGCUGUUCAGCAAACUCUUUGCCCUCACUAUUGAUCGAUGCGUCCAAACACUCGAACGUGUCUUAUAUCUCGAAUACUGCUCCCAACAGUUGGGUCGACGACUAUAACAGUUGGGGAGAUAAUAGCACCCGAUGUUGUCGACUGCAUAAUAAUAAUGUCUCUGAUUUUUGUGAAUCAACAAACAGUAACCCUGAUUGUUCUCAUUGUCAAAUAUACAACACCACGUAUUCCAUUGUGAAGACCGAAGAGUUUUAUCGACCAUAUCUCAAGUAUUUCUUAAAUGACUUACCAAACGCCCAGUGCUCUAAAGCUGGUGGGCCGUCGUAUGGACCAUACGUUCAUUUGGAUUAUAGUCAUGACACAAAACUUCCCAUAAAAGCCUCGUCUUUCAAUACAUACCAUACGGUGCUUAAGAACUCUCAUGACUUCAUAUCUGCCCUCAAAAACGCCAGGAUAUUAGCCGAUAGUAUGACUGAAGGUAUCAAUAGUGAUAAUAAGGGGGGUGACCCUCUAGUGGAGGUCUACCCCUACUCUAUAUUCUACGUAUUCUACGAGCAAUACCUGACCAUCUGGAAGGACACUGUUGUCAAUUUGGUGAUUGCAUUGUCGGCUAUAUUUGUGGUGACCUUCAUAUUCUUGGGUUUCGAUGUGAUGUCAUCAGUGGUUAUAAUCAUCACAAUUGUUGCCAUAAUUGUAGACCUAAUGGGAGUCAUGUAUUGGUGGAGUAUAUCACUGAAUGCUAUAUCACUGGUCAAUUUGGUUAUGUCGGUGGGCAUAUCCGUGGAGUUCUGUUCGCAUAUAACCCGGGGAUACGUAAUGAGCGAAGGGUUGACUCGAGUGGAGAGGGCGGAGGAGUCGUUGUCAGCGAUGGGGUCAUCGGUAUUGUCGGGCAUAUCGUUCACCAAAUUCUGGGGAAUUCUGGUUCUGGGGUUCGCGUCGUCCAACAUAUUCAAGAUCUUCUACUUUCGGAUGUAUUUAUCGAUUGUAUUGAUCGGUGCUCUUCACGGACUCGUCUGUCUUCCGGUUAUCCUCUCAUUCAUCGGAUCCAAUCUGAGGCACCGGAAGGGAACUCCAAUAGAAUAG